AUGCGCGUCCGCAUUCGUGGCCCGUCGGGCAUGUCACAGGUCAACAUGCCAGAUACCGCGACGUGGGGAGAACUCAAACACGAGAUAUCCGCGAAGACGUCUGUUGGCGAUUUCGAUGUCAAGUAUGGCUACCCACCACAGAAUCUGGAUACAACGAGCAUCGACAAUGAAACCAAGUUACUCGACAUCGGAAUCAAACUUGAUGGCGAACAGCUCAUCAUUAUGCCACGCGAUGUCCAACAGUCAUUACAUAACCCCAUGUCGGGUCAUGCCGACCCACAGAACCACGGGACCCUACCUCCUUUGCAGGACAUCCGACCUCCCCAACAUAAGCCGGGCGAUUUUCCUUCUGGUCAGACAAGAAGGGAGCAGGCAGCACCGCUCUCGCUCCAGAGAAAGCCUAACGAUGUUGAGAGUGAUCCACCUGAGGUCCCUGUGCCCGGUCUAGAGGGCGUUCUUGUUCUUCGUGUAAUGCCAGACGACAACAGCUGUAUGUUCAGAGCUUUGGGAAGUGCUGUCCUGGGUGAUGCGCUCGAUGCCAUGAAUGAGUUACGAUCUAUGGUGGCUCAAACUAUUCAAGCGAACCCCGACUUGUACACUGCCGGAAUGCUCGAAAAGGCACCGGACGACUACUGCCGAUGGAUUCAGCGGGACGAUUCUUGGGGAGGCGGCAUCGAACUCGCAAUUCUCUCUCAGCACUUUGACAUCGAGAUCUGCAGCAUCAACGUCCAAGAUUUGCGUAUCGAUCGCUUCAAUGAAGGCAAAUCGAGACGAUGCAUUCUGAUCUACUCUGGCAUCCAUUACGAUGUUGUUGCCGUCUCUCCUGGCCAUGGCACCAGUCCUGAGUUUGACAGAAAGGUCUUUGAGGUCGCUCAGAUCGAGGGCAUGGAAGGUGAAGAUGGCGGAGCUCUGCAGGCGGCCAGAGAGUUGUGUCAGACUUUGCAACAAAGACACUACUUUACGGACACGCACGGCUUCACUAUCAAGUGCAACAUCUGUGGCUGGACUGGCAAAGGCGAACAAGGUGCUACGGAGCAUGCCAAGCAGACUGGUCACAUGAACUUCGGCGAAGCGUGA